CCACGGACCCCGCAGCCCCCAUGGACCCCAUGGCCAGGAGGAGGAAGAGUCGGAAGAAAGGGAAGGAGAAGCUCGCGGUGGUGGAGGAAGCUGAGGAAGGGGGGAACGGUGCCGCGGGGCGAGCGGCCGAGAUCGAGCGGCUGAUGCAAGCUGGGCACCGGGCGCUGGGGCUGCGAGACGUGCGGGGGGCCCUGGCAUGCUUCAGGAAGGCAUUCCUGCUCUCGCUGGGCACCGCGAGCCCCCGGCUCCGCAGGGUUUGUGCCUUCAACCUGGGGGCUGCCUACGUGGAGGCUGGGAAGCCCAGAAAGGGCCUAAAAUUCCUCCUCGAGUCCCAGCCCGCAGAGGGUGAACCCCUUGGGGGGCUUUAUUUCAACAUUGGGGCGGCUGACGAGGGGCUCAGGGACUUCCCAAAGGCUCUGGAGUAUUUUGGCAAAGCGGCCGGGCCGUGCCGCGCCGGCAGCCAGGCGGUGGAGAUGGGCUGCUGCUACCUGGGGAUGCAGGAGCCAGCACGAGCCGCCCGGUGCUUCUUGGAGGCCGCGCACAGCUACGCGGUGGCCGAGAGCCCCGAGGCCGCCGCGGUGGCUCUGAGCAGGGCGAGCGGCUCCAUGCUGCAGAGCCGGCGGUUCGGGGCGGCAGAAAUCGCACGGAUCCUCACCUGGUGUCGCUCGCUCUGCGACAGCAUCGCCGACCCGGCCCUGCGAGGGAAGCUCUACAAUGAGGUCGGCCUCGGCUUCUCCCAGCUCCACGUCUUCUCCCUGGCCAGCGAGAGCUUCGAGCGAGCCCUCGCCCUGUGCCAGGGCACGUUGGGGCGGCGAGGGGAGGCUGCGCUGCUGCAGAACCUGGGCGCUGCCCGCAACGCACUGCGCAGCUUCGGCACGGCCCUGGGCUUGCACCGGCAAGCAGCGGCGCUGCACGGUGCCGUGGGGAACCGGAGGGCCCAAGGGCAGUGCUUCGGAAACCUGGCAUACGCCUUCAGCCAGCUCGGGAACCACGAGGCUGCCGCAGAGAAUUACCUCCACGCCCUGCAAGCCUUCCGGGAUUCGGGGGACGUGCAGGGGCAGUGGCAAGCAUGCGAGGGGCUGGGAGCCGCCCGCUUCCACCUGGGGAACCCCCAGAAAGCCGUCGGGCACUACCAGGAGGCCCUGACUCUGCUGUCCCACUGCCCGGUAAGGGAAACCCCAGGGCCAGACCCUCCGGUGCGUGGUGAGCGCCAGCCCCAGCGCAGGGACAGACUCGCCUGGGGGGGCUUUCUCCUCCGCAGGGCACCCCCAGGGCGGCCAGCGAGCGGAUCGUCAGCCAGCUCACCCGUGCCCUCCAGCACCAGCUCUGCCUCCACCGCCACCUCUCACGUUGGGGUGCCCCGGUGCCGGUGA